AACGGCGUUAGGGGCGGGCCCGCUGCCUGUGAGAAGGGUAGUGACCGCCCAGAGCGGGAGGUGAGUGGAGGUGAGGUUUAUGCUGGCCCCCGGAUGAUGGGCGGUUGAGUCGCUGAGCAGUCCGGUGUCUUGUCACCGGGAUAUGUCUCUGAAGCAUUCUCUGGUCUAAUCAGCGUCGGCUAUGGAGCUUUUCCAGGCGAAGGACCACUACAUCCUGCAAAGAGGGGAGAGCGCCUUGUGGUGUAGCCGCCAGGACGGGUCCCUGACCAGCAGAGCGGCUACGGACUUGCUGCUGGCCUGGAAUCCUAUCUGCUUGGGCCUGGUCGAAGGGAUUAUUGGGAAGGUUCAGCUUCACACAGAUCUGCCGUGGUGGCUUCUCCUCAUCCGACAGAAGUCCCUGAUUGGAAUCCUUCCCGGUGGCCAUGAGAUCUACAAGAUCAACAAGAUCGCUGCUAUUCCUCUGUCAGGGGCUGAGCCCCAGGACUUGGAGCUGGAGCUUUGCAAGAAACAUCAUUUUGGCAUCAACAAGCCGGAGAAGAUAACCCAGUCUCCCGACGACUCCAAGUUUCUUAUGAAAACCCUCACCCAGAUCAAAUCCAAUGUGUCGGCUCCGGCUAAGAAAAAGGUUAAAGAGAGCAAGGAGAAGGAGAGGCUGGAACGGAGGCUGCUGGAGGAGCUGUUUAAAAUGUUUAUGGACUCGGACUCCUUCUACUACAGUUGGACUUAUGACCUGACCAGCUCCGUACAGAGGCAGAGCUCCAGAGAGAAGAGCGACCUCCUCUUAUGGCAAACGGUAGAUGACCGGUUCUUUUGGAACAAGCACAUGAUUCAGGAUCUCAUUGAUAUAAAGGACCCCCAGGGCAGUGUGUGGAUACUUCCCAUCAUUCAGGGAUUUGUACAGAUCGAGGAGCUAGUGGUGAAUUACAACGAGUCGUCGGAUGAUGAGAAGAGCAGCCCCGAGACCCCUCCCCAAGAGCCCACCUGCGUGGACGACAUUCACCCACGAUUUAUGGUGGCGCUGAUAUCGCGGCGGAGCCGGCACAGAGCAGGCAUGAGGUACAAGCGCCGAGGGGUUGAUAAAUUUGGCCAUGUUGCCAACUACGUGGAAACCGAACAGCUCAUCCACGUUCACAACCACACCUUGUCAUUUGUCCAGACCAGGGGAUCGGUACCGGUGUUCUGGAGUCAGGUCGGAUAUAGGUACAACCCGCGGCCACGACUGGACAAGAGUGAGAAAGAAACAAGCCAGUAUUUUGCCCUGCAUUUUAACCAGGAGCUGGGAAUCUACCAAAAGCAGGUUAUCAUUAACCUCGUGGACCAGGCUGGCAGAGAGAAGAUCAUCGGAGACGCUUACCUGAAGCAAGUUCUGAUGUUCAACAACCCCAACCUCACCUAUGUGACCUUUGACUUCCACGAACACUGCCGCGGAAUGAAGUUUGAGAAUGUUCAGACUCUGACAGAUGCAAUUAGUGACAUUAUCGUUGACAUGAAAUGGUGCUGGGUGGAUCAGGCCGGGGUGAUUUGCAAGCAGGAAGGCAUUUUCCGAGUCAACUGCAUGGACUGCCUGGAUCGUACCAAUGUCGUACAAGCUGCUGUCGCUCGGGUGAUCAUGGAACACCAGCUUAAAAAGUUAGGUGUGAUGCCUCCAGAACAGCCUCUGCCAAUGAAGUGCUACCGCUUGUACCAGAUCAUGUGGGCUAACAAUGGAGACUCCAUCAGCAGGCAAUACGCAGGCACAGCUGCCCUUAAGGGAGACUUCACUCGCACCGGGGAACGCAAAUUGGCUGGAGUGAUGAAAGAUGGAGUCAACUCUGCAAACAGAUACUACCUGAAUCGCUUUAAGGACGCAUACCGGCAAGCAGUGAUUGAUCUGAUGCAGGGGAUCCCUGUGACGGAGGAUCUUUAUUCAAUCUUCACCAAAGAGAAGGAGCACGAGGCGCUGCACCGGGAGAGCCAAAGGAACCACCAUGAGCUGAUCAACCAGUUGCUGCAGAACUACAUGCAGAUGCUGCUGCCAGACGACGAGAAGUUCCACGGGGGCUGGGCCCUCAUAGAUUGUGAUCCCAGCCUCAUCGAUGCCACUCACAGAGACGUGGAAGUGCUGCUGCUGCUCUCCAACUGUGCCUAUUAUGUUGCCUACUACGACGAUGAAAUUGAUAAAGUGAAUCAAUACCAGAGGCUGAGCCUGGAGGACCUGGAGAGAAUAGAGAUCGGUCCUGAACCCACGUUUUUUGGGAAACCCAAGUUCUCUUGCAUGAGGUUACACUACAAAUACAAAGGGAACAGCGGCUACUUCCACACCCUGAGAGCCGUCACGCGAAAUCCCGACGAGGAUGGGAAAGAUACGCUGCUGUGCAUAGCAGAAAUGCUGCGACUUACCAAACAAGCGCUGGAGCUGGAUGUGCCCGUCAUCGAGAAGAAGCUGGAAAGGAAGAGCAGCAAGCCCCACGAGGAGAUCAUUGGCAUUCGCUCCAGAAGCCAGAGACUGGGCCUGAACAGCAUGGGCCUGGCGCAGAGCAAAAACUUCCUGAUGAGCAAGUUCUCCUCUCUCAACCAGAAGGUCAAACAGACCAACAUCGGGAGCCUCCGCAAACUGGGGGGCUUCAACAAGCCCGACGGGAAGGGCGUUCUGGCCCCCAACCUGCAGGCGAAUAUGUGGAAGUCGGACAGUAGCCUGGACAACCCCGGCACAGACAUCAAGGGACACCCUGAAUCCGACUUGGACAUUUCCACCGACAGCGAAUCUUUCCAUUCCGACGACUUCCUCACCAAGUCUGACGAGGAGGACGGCCAAUCAGCCGGCGCUUUGGAGAAUAUGGGGCAGACCGACUACGUCCUCCCCAGCUGCGGGAUCAUCGUUUCCGUUCCGCGCCUGGGAAGCCGCUCCCACUCCGUCAGCAGCGCCGAUUUUAACCCCCCUAAUCCCACAGAGAUCCACGUUACUGAAUGCGAGGAGCAGGACCCCCCACAGACUGAGGCGCUGGUUGACUUUGGGACCCCCAUAGACGCUUACUGCCAUCAGUUUGUUCAUGAUGCUCAGACCAAAGGCAACCUGAAUGAGCCGGAUAGUAAGGAAGCCCAGCUGGACCAAGAAACAUCAAGCAAUAAUUCCCCCAAAAUCCCAGCGCCACUGGAAUCCGACGCAGAACUGAUCCCCCGACCCUCCCAACUCGACGUGUCUCAUAACAGCGCAAAUUCUCAGCUACUGCCCGUGGAGCCCCCUCAGCUCUCCAAAUCGGGCCGGGCAAGUCCCGCCUCCGCCUCGACCUCCGCCCCUUCGCCAGCGGACAGUAGCAGCAGCCGAGCGGUGUCCCCUUUCGCCAAGAUCCGUAGCUCCGUGGUUCAGGUGGCCAAUAUAACGCAGGCCGGCCUGACUCAGGGUAUCAAUUUUGCCGUGGCGAAAGUGCAAAAGAGCCCAGAUCCCAACGCACCCCCCGAACCCCCCCAGAAUGACUUUAAAGAUCUGUUCACCCAGUGUCAGACGCGUAUCAUCCAGAUCUGAGCGACACCCCCAAAAUCCCAGCAGUGAUGGGUGGGGGUUAAACACACUGCCUUCCAGAACCGGGAUCAACCACACCAAUAUGUUUACAGUACUUCAAGCAUUACCAGAGUAGGCCCCGCCCCCGUUGGCAAAACCGCGCACUGCUUACGGCACAGCCUGCUUUUAACUUAUAGAGGAGCCCGGCGACAUUCUCGCCUACGGUUUAUUUUAUUAUUUAAAGAGACCCGCAGCGGGAAUCGAUUGCGUUAUUUAUUUUUUAGAUCUUUUUUUUUUUUUUUAAAUAACCCAACAGAGGGAGCGAAGGGCCACGCGGGCAGCGGUACGAGGCGGUUACGUUGCUUUCGUUGAGUUGCCUUAAGUUUAUCUGCGCACUUUUUGUUUUCUGGGGUUUUCUUUGUUUCUUAUGUUUUUUUAACGGAUAAAAAUGUAAUCGCCAGAGGGUUCCGGAGGUUCUCCGGGCCUCGAGUCGUUCACACUGGGAAGCCUCGUGCCCCCAUCCCGCCAAGCUGGCGUGGCACAGGCUUGGCAUUGCCGUUCCGUACGAUAGUAGUCCGUAUAUGCGUGACGGGGUUCCCUCGGCCCCAAACUGGGGGGCCCUGUUGUAACCUGUAGUAGAAUAGUAGCGUCCGUGUAUAUAAGGGAUAUAUUGUCGCCACACACUGGUACGUAAACAGAAACGCCAACGUCCCGUCCUUCCAUCGUAAUAUCCGCCACGUAGCGGAGCGUAGAGUUAGCAGGUAGGCGCACACUGGUAUAUACGCUGUCCGUUAGCGGUAUUUACCCUUUAAUACACUCUUGUGCCCCUGGUGCCGUGCUGUGUGCGUAUCCCGUGUCCCGUCCCACUCGGGCUUUUACCGCUCCUUCAGUUUCAGGCCUCGUCCGGCGCCACUGGCUCCUGUUUUUAGUGUUUGGACAUGAAUGUGGCUCUUUAUGUUGUAAGAAAAUGACCUAUUUUAAUUAAAAAAAAGGGCAAAAAACGUG